UCCAAUCUUUUCCCUGUCGAAUUUGAUACUACAGCAGAUGGAACCGCUGUAAUUCGUCUACAACAACGCCUUCCAAACAGACAAUGCGCCGAAUCAAGAGUUAUAAUGAGAUAUAUCCUACCUAAUGGAAUUUUGGUGUCAAACGACGUAGACUUUAUAUUUAAUCCUAUUAAUUUUUGUCCGGUGGAUAAAAUUGAGAUUCAUCCGUUAGCUGGAAAAUUUAGUUUGGUGCUAUAUUUAAAUUCUACAACUCCAGGUGUCAGUACCGGAAAUGUAUUGGUACAAUAUGCUGCCAUGAUAAUUAAUCAGGAUGGAAAAGUAGUUCAAAAUGCUCCAUUCAUGUCAAAUUUGCCUGCAAAAACGAAAACGGUUAUAAACAAUAAUGGCGAUUUUUUGUGGACAUUUAAACUUGAUAGUAACAAUUCAAUUACUUAUGUCAAGUUUACUUCACAAAAACUAAACACUGCGAUAACAGAUCCUACUACACCACCAACAUUCACAAUGUCUGCAAGUGGAAUAUUUCAAAUACCAGGCAACCUAAACCUUCGACUUCAAAAUUAUACUACUUUUCCUACCUUUUAUGGCCAUUUUGCGAUUGCUUUCAUUGCUCGAUAUAAUACUUCUUCUACAACAUCUGCAUUAUUCGCUUAUUGUCUCAUUACGGAAACAAUUUCAAUUCCAAUUGGCAACAUCUCAUCCAAUUCUAUAAAAACGAUAUUAUUUGAUCCAUUAUAUUUUGGUGGAUAUUUACAACGAAUUUAUUUAAAUAAUAGUGAAAUUAUUGGAAAUAUUUUUGAUAUUAAAGGAAAUUUAAAAGGAAAUUGGGAUUUGACUUCUGCAAAUUUAAAUUUUAAUAAUAUUGUGAUUAAUGGUGGAUCAAAUGGAAACGAAGGUGGUGUAGGUGUGUUUAGAAAUAAUACUGUGAUUUUGGUCUUGGGAGAUGGUGGUAGUGGUUCAACAUGGAACGUAGUAACUACCGAUGUUAUUAAAAUUUAUAAUCCAGGCACAUCAAAAUUUUGUACUUUAGAUUCUUCUAAUACUGUGGUUACUGUCACAAUAUUACAGAGUACAUUUAAUCAGCCCAAUGAAGUAUAUUUUAUUAAAAUAGAUGAUGGGUUUGCAAGAAGUCCUGCAACAGCUCUCGUAAAACUUUCAAACGAUUUUUUAAAUACCUCAACUACAAAUCAUUCCCAAUUUCUUUCUCAAUUUAUAUCUCAACUUGCACAAAUUAUCCCUGUUUCUUUAUCUCGACUAUCAAUUUCUUCUAAUUUUAAAUCUAGCUCGAUUAAUUCAACUCGUGAUAGUUUGACAAUACCUAUUAUAAUUGGAACAGGAAGAAAUAGUGAAAUUAGAAGUGCAAGAGUAAUAAAUGAUUUAGAUACUUUGAUCAAGAAUCGUGAUAUUUCUCCAAUAGGAAUGAUGAAUUUGACAUCAGGAAUUGAUAAAGAGUUUGGUGCUCAAUGGAGUUGUGAGUACUUGCAAAAAUUUUCAUGGGCUUAUUUGAAAAGAAAUUUUCUAACUCCUUUCUCGAUCCAAAAGCAAAUGUAA